AUGAGAACAAGGCCCAGAAAUUCAAGGUACUCUUGGCCAAAUGUGGUACCGUUUGGAAAUUCCAGCGACAGAAGCCACGCCGUUGUACCGGAAGAAUUAUCCGAUUACAUUGCCGGAAAUUUUUUUUUUAUGGAGGCACGAAGUAAUAUCUAUCGGCCAAGAUACGAUCGGAUCACACGACCGGUCACUGAUAGUCUCAACCUCAGGAUGUUCGUGGGGACAUGGAAUGUAGGAGGUAAGAUACCACAUGUUGGACUGAACUUGAGAGAAUGGUUAAAAUCUCCCCUACCAGCAGACAUAUAUGUGCUUGGGUUCCAGGAGAUUGUGCCUCUGAAUGCAGGCAAUGUACUAGGCCCUGAAGACUGCAGUCGAGCUAUUAAGUGGCUUUCCUUGAUUCACCAAGCUCUGAAAGGAAAACGAAAUGACAACUCAGAGCAGCCUGCUAAUUGCAGCAAUACGACUAACUGGGACAUGCAAAAGUCAUCAGCCCCCAAUGACCAACAAAAUACAAGAAAGAGCCACUUGGACUCGAUCCCGAUAGAAGAUCAGCAUGAUCAAAAGAGCUCGGAAAUAUUUAGAAGUUUGAGCCCUGAUUCAUGCUCACGUGAAGAAAACUCACCUGUGCAUCAUCAGUUCUGCUUGGCUGCCAGUAAGCAGAUGGUAGGGAUCUUUUUAUGUGUUUGGGUUCGAGCAGACUUAUAUCAGCAUAUUAGCAGUCUGAAGGCUUCGUGUGUUGGAACAGGCAUUAUGGGAUACCUUGGAAACAAGGGGUCUGUUUCUAUCAGUAUGACAUUGUAUCAGACAACAUUUUGCUUUGUUUGUUCUCAUUUGGCAUCCGGGGAGAAAGAUGGAGAUGCAUUUAGAAGAAAUUCAGAUGUUAUGGAGAUUUUGAAGAAAACAAGGUUUUCUCAUCCUUGUAAAAUGCUAGGAAAACCGGUUCGACCCGAUUGCAUUUUGGAUCAUGACAAGAUAAUUUGGCUUGGAGACUUGAACUAUCGACUUGCAUUUGUUUGUGGGGAAACAUAUGAGCUACUGGAAAAGAAUGAUUGGCAAGCACUUCUAGAGAAAGAUCAGUUGACAAUUGAACAAAGAGCUGGCAGGGUAUUUAAAGGCUGGGAAGAAGGGACAAUAGAUUUUGCUCCAACCUACAAAUACCUUGUGAAUUGCGAUCAUUACACUGUCCAAGCGCCCAUAUCCAAAGAGAAGCAGAGGACUCCUGCCUGGUGUGAUAGGAUACUGUGGAAAGGCAAGGGACUUGAGCAAAUAUCCUAUGUAAGCGGAGAAUCAAAAUUGUCAGACCACAGACCAGUGUAUUCACUAUUCUCAGUGCAAGUAGUGUUAAGAACAGCUGAUGAUGGCCAGUGCUCAACUGUCCUAGUAUUGAUUCCAAUUGCUCUUAUCUUUAAACCACACGGUGCCGACGCAGCUAUGGAUUUUUAA